AUGGAGAGCAGCGCAACCAAGUUUUCCGGUAGCUAUGGGGGUGAUAGCGCCGAUGGGGAAAGCUGGAAGCUGGAGAAUCCCUUCAGCUUUAAGGUGCUCCAGAUAUUUACCGGAGUCGGCGUUGGCUGCGGGGUUGGUAUCGGUGUUGGGAAGCCCAUUUACUUGGGUAAGGUAUCCUCCUCUCCCCCAUCGGCCUAAAGUGAUAGUGCUAGUGUUCUUCUCGGAGUCAUUCAGACUGCAUAUUUGCAUAUAUGAAUGGAUUUCUCGGGUUUUUCCUCAAAUGACUUAGGAGUUAGUCGUGUGUGGAUAAUGCCUCCUGUCUGUAUUUGUGAUGAAAUAUAAGUUUUCCACUUUCUGGGUAGCUGUAAAUUUUGCCCUUAAUGAAAAAAUUAAGGCAUAUUCUCAUUGAGGCUGAAGAUAGGUUUUCUCCACUGCCUUCGAAUAUUUUUCUUCGUUUAAUGGAAACUGUUUCAGUUAUUUCACAGGCAGGAAGAUAUUGCUUAUAUAUAUUUGUAUACUUCUUUUGGGAAAUUCUCAGUCCAAACCACUUGUGUUUCAUCAAUCCUUUUAACGUGUUCUUGCUUUUCUCAUCUUGGAUUCUGUGGCAGAUUGACUGAGAGACGAUAAAUACCUUAGUACAGAAAAGGUUUACCAUGUAAUAUGCCGCUGAAUCCUUUCGCCUUUCAGUCAUUUAAGGAGACUGAUAGGCAUUUGACUACCCGUUUUCAUUUAGGCUUGCUGCAAAAUGUUACGAGGUUGUAGUUUCCAGUCGUUCUCUGUGAAACAACUAGGAAGCUACAGAGUUUUUCUCACAAUCAUUCUUAAUAAAUAUCUAAUAAUUUUAUAACAACUGUCGUUUUUAUGAUAUGUCCUUGGCAGUGGACACAGUUCAAGGUGUCUCUUCCUCUAAAAAUUUGAUAAAUGUGAUGGUAAAACCAAAUAUAGUUUAUAUGAAACUAUUUGAUUUUAUUGGUAAGCUUUGGUUUACUUGCAUCAUCAGGUGCGAUUCCAGCAUUCCAACAAGUUUUAUCUGCUACUCGAGGUGCUAUGGAUGUUUUCUCUGGUGCAGGAAGACAUGUAAAUAGCAACGUGAGUAUUUUUUCCUUUUUUUUAUUAUAUUAAGCCUAGUUUCGAACUGCGGAAUCUGACUUAUAAAACUCUUUCGUAAUCAAAUUUAUUAUUUCAGCUGAGACGGUUCGGAGUUAAAAAUAUUGAGGCUGGUAUUGGGUGUGGUGUUGGUAUUGGCCAUGGUUUUGGAGUAGGUAUACAUGCUUCUGGGCAUUGCAGAUCUUAAUUUCCUAUUCUCUGUAAUUCACUUUUUAUCAUUUUUUCUAAAUAUUUUAAGUUGUUUGUUAAUUACAUUCUGAAUUUGUGAAAUUCGUGGUACUUGCAUGAUUGAUAUUUUGCAAUGUGGUCUCUGCGUCCUAGCAGAUUUUAAAAUAAUAAUGCAAAAAUUUGGCAUUGUCUUUGCUCAUAAAGCUUCCAUUAUUCUGUUUACGUUUUUUCAUUUUUUUUAAUUUAGCCCUUAUUAAAAUAUUGAUUUUAGCUCAUUGAAUGCUUAAGUCAUGUCUAGUGAUUUUUUUUUUUUAUGAAGUUCAUAACUUCUAUCAUUCCAAUAGGAAAAGGAAAAUAAUGGACUCAAUGAACACAAGUGGCAAUUAUACCCAAAAAAUCUAAACUAGGUCUAGCUUAUUAUUUUACUUUUACAGUUGACCAGAUUUUAGUGUGAACUUAUGUGAGUUUUAGUCUCUAAUGGUUGACUUUUGGUCUGUAACAGGAAGAGCCGAGUAAUAAAGAUCACAUCAUCAGUCAAUGACUUUGAUAGUUUAAGGAUUACUGGCUUUGUUAGUAAUGGCAGAAAAGCUUCUAACAUGAUUCAAGUGAUUUGUGGGUCUUUUCGUUCUAUUUAAUUGAAUAAAAACGUUAAUAAAUGUGAAUGAUUCGAGUCAUGAAUCAGAUAGUCAUUGACAAAGACAAAAAUGUUUUAAUUCUUGUUUCAACGAGUCUCUAAAUUUUUUUUGGUUCAGGAACAUUAAACUAAACUGCUGAAAAACGGUAAGUAAAACAUGCAACUGGCAUGUAAUUUCAGCGUAGUGACCCUUUUAGUCCAUGAAACCAGUGCCCUCAUCCACUUCUAUGAGGUUCAUUCCUCGUGCAAACAAGAGAAGAUGAAGGAAGUUGAUGUACCUUCUUGAAUGCUCAGUAUCUCCCAUCUGUUCAGUACUUCAACAUGCUGAAAAGUUUUCUUAAAAAAGAAACUAAUGAAAUAGAAGUUUCAUGGUCAGUUUUGAAUUAGGGCAUUUAAGUGAUCAGCGAGAAUUGACUAAAACAGCCUUCCAAGCUAACGUUUCCAGUUCAUGUCUGGCAACUGUUAUUAGAUUACUUUCGAAAUUUCAUCCUAUAAUUGGUUGUUCAUCCAAAUCAUGUUUGUUUAAAGUCUCUGUAUGUAUAUCCGAUUUUUAGUGUUAUAUAAAAAGGAAAUUAGCCCAAGUCUUCGUAGUUAUUUGAUGAGAUCGCACUAUGGUAACUAUGGUCUUCUCUCCUGCUCAUAAGAUAAAUAUCAGUCAAUCUGAAGUGCAAUUUUCCUCUGCUCUUUAAUUUUUUGAGAAGGAUAUAAAAUAUUUUGUAUCUGAUUGGGCACGAAAUUAUAAUAAUAAUUUGUUUCUCAAGAAAAGUGAACCUAUAUCCAAUACUAAAGCUGAGGUACAUAACGUCUUGAGUUUAUGGGCACCUCACAAAAGCUCAUUUACACUAAUUCAGUCAAAUAUUCUAUCUCUCUCUCCUCUCUCUUCCCUCUCUUUCUUGCACGAUCAUGGAGAUAGAUCUUAUGUUGCGGCAGGAAUUACAUUGAAGCCUGGAGUGGUUCACAAACUUCAGUCAUUUGUUGGAGUAUGUUUCUUGUUCCAAUUUAUGUUCUCUACCGCUCCCCUCCUCAAUCUACGUUCAUUGACGAUUCACCUUCAUGCUUCCAGGUAGUAAUUGGAAAGAUCCUCACAAAAUUUGGAACGAUACCUGGGCUACCUGCUCUUCAAGCUUCCAUCACUGGAUCCGAACAAAAAAGCACAGACACACUAAGCCCAGGCUUCAAUGGAAACCCAGGAACAUCCAUUGGAAAUGUCUUGCAAUUUACAACUGAGCCAAUAAAAAUUCCCUCUUCUAUCCAGGAAAGUGAAAGAAGUUCCAGCCUAAAUUUGUUUCGUGGGUCUCAGGAACUGAAAGCAGGUUCGUCAGAAAUGACCAGUGAAACUCGCACUGAAAGGGUAAUCAACAGCUUCUUACAGAGUCCAAUUUUCAAGGAAGAAGAGCAAGCAGAGAUUGAUGAACUGGUAAUUCGACCACAAGCAUGUGUUAUCAAGUCUAUUUACCCCUAAUGUGUACCCGUUUCAUUCAAAAUGAAGGAAGAGUUUUGGUUAGUAUGUGCAAAUAUUUCAGUUAAUAUGCGCCAUCAAAUAUGUUCCAGAUACAGUAACUCCAUCCUUUCUGAAAAUCUUGCUUUGGCACGAUUGAUUCACCAGGAUUUGAGUAAGGUUAUUGAUGUUAAGGUUCCUAAAAUCUGCUUCCAAUGUGGCUCAUACUUUCCUCUAAAACGCUGCCUUUCCGCAGAAAUGAAUAGCACCCGCCCACUUAAUUCAGUGCCGUCUUGGUGUUGAUCUUACAUGGCAUUUUAGAAUCAUGGAAUCGGUUUCUCUGAUUUUAUUUUCUUUAAGGUUUUAGACUCCACCAAGAUCAGUCAACACAUUGCUCAUGAUAAGGGCUUGCAAACGGAGCUACUUUUUCCGAACUAUUUUUUCUCUAAAAGCACAAGCUUUCUUUAUAAAAAACGCAGUAUCCGCUUAGUUAUGUGUUUUGUCCAAUCUUUGAUCUAACAUAGCUUCUUAGAAACAUGGAAUAUACUUAUGUGAUUUGGGUUUUAGGAUUACCAGACUUGUCAAUACGUAAUUGCUGAAAAGGGCUUGUGAAGAUCCACCUUUUACACGCCUCUUUUUCUGCAAAUUAUAUGCUUUUCCUUGGAAACAAACAUCACUGACUUAAUAUGUGGUCUUAUUUUGGUUGUGGUAUGCUCUCGUGGAACCCAGUAACCUGCUUCUUUUGUUUUUCAAGAUCAUUCUGGCUGUUGGACCUUGAAUCCAAGGGACAAGUAUUCAAAGUAGAGGGUGCUUAUCUCCUUUAAUUUUCUAAACCCGUAACUAUUUUCCUCACCUUUUAAAAUGAUGAAUAAUAUUUCAACCUUCUAAUUUGUGUAUUUUCAUAGAAGUUCAUGGCUAAUGCAUUUUAUAUUAUCUGAUCUUCGUAUCAAACUUUGCCUUUCUUUGACGUCGUCGCCUGUUCUUGUUUCUUAUUUUUAUGUAGGUCAGGAAAUUGCGAUCUGAAAAUAAUAUCCUACAAAUGGUGAGGCAGUUUAGGUCUUCUUGUUUUUCCUUUUGACAAAUUAGUAAUCAGUCACUUGUGGUGGCAAGAUGGUAUACGAAUCAUAUGCUUCUCACACCCUUGAUACGUUUCUUUUGCUAAGAUUAUCACCAUUUCAAAUCAUUUUCCGAUGCAAUAUGGAAAAUAUUUGUGCUGACUAAGAGUAUGAUGAGUGAAUCGGCCCAUCCAAUUCCAAAUCAAUGAGUAACCUUUUCAGUAGGCCCACGCAUUUUUAUAACUCCAUGGUUUAAUCAUAUCAUUCAAGUUGGGGGUAUUUGGAUUAAAUGGUUGGUGGGAUAAUUAUCUCAUUCAAUUCGAGACUUUGUGGAUUGAAUCAGCUCUCCAUGUCGAGAUUAGCUCUGAAAUAAUCACCUCAUUCAUAUCGAAUUUGGGAGUAUUUUCGUUGAAUAAUCUCCCUCAAAUAAUUGUCAGAACAAUUAGCUCAUUCAAUCUUGGGGCUAUCUGGGUUGACUUAGCUUGCCAUAUCGAGAUUAUAGCUCUUGAAUAUUUGCCAGAAUAAUUAGCUCGUUCAAUUUGCCACUAUUUGUAUUGAAUUAACUCUCCGUAUCUUGUUUAGCUCUUGAACAAUUGGAAGAGUGAUUAUCUCAUUCAAGUUGGAACAGUGGAAUAAAUUAACUCUUGCGCUUUUUCAUGUAAUGAUCUUCUCUGUUUUUUUAUAUUUUAUACAUGCAGCUGCUGAAACACCAGAAGACCAUCGACGAGCUGAUUGAAGAGAAUGAGAAGCUACGCCAGAUUCUCGUGGAGGACUUGAAAGUUUCUCCCGAAAAAUUCUCUAGAGGCCAUGGUAAUAACUCUGAGCUUAUUGAACGCCGUAGGAGCAGAAGAAGAUGGACAAGAUGA